UCUAACUGGCACCCAACACCCUGUUGGUUCGGACUGUACUAGGGCUUGGUCUUAUGGCUGGUUAGGAUACAAAUACCGGUCGAUGGACAUUUUUCAUACUUCUUUAAAAUACAGAAUAAUAAUUUCUAAGACUAAGUAAACUAAGUUCAAUAACACUUGACUUAGAAUUAGAUUUUAGACAAGAUCUAGAUCUAUAAUAUACUAUAAUAUAGUAUUUAACACUAACAGAGCUCAUCAGUCUUAGUAUUCUUACUCUUUGCUUGCAUUCACUACACUGGCUGGGAUCCAUCUCAUGAGUGGUCACCAGUAGGAACUUACGAAUUCAACACAAUGGCUAAGCCAUGGGUCUGUAUACUUUUGGCUGUUGUGGUAUCCAGUCAUCAAGCACUUGGCCAAAACUUGUAUCAAAAGACCUGCUCUAAAACAAAUUCAGCCACAAUACAACCUGAUGCCACUGCUUGGCUUGGUGGUAUCUUGUCAUUAAGCAAAACUGGUGCUGAUGGAUAUGGCUGUGGAUCAUCUGGUGGAUUUAUGCAGAGCUAUGAAGCUAUACGCUGGGUGUUGGAGCUUUUAAACAAGAAAAAUGAAACUCUGCAAACCCAGUUUCUGACAGAGUUUUAUGUACCUGGCAUCAAACUUGGCAUGAAGGUCAUAAAUUACUGUGACAAUCAGAAAACAGCAGUUGCUGCUCUAGCUGAAGUCUUUCCUGACCUAGCCAAUACUGAUGCAGCAUGCACAGAACAAACAAAUGGACUCACUUUGGGUAUUGUUGGAGCCUCAAGGUCAGGUGACACCAUUCCUUUAGCUGAUGCUGCUGAGGCAUAUGAUAUACCAGUGAUUUCAUACCAGGCUACUGUACCUGAAUUGACCUUGUCUGGUCAACACCCCAACUUUAUGAGAACAGUGUCACCUGAUGGUCCUCUCAUGGAAGUUAUAGUUAAAGUCCUCACUAAGCUUCAAUGGAACUACAUUGCUGUGGUGUAUGAUGCUGGCACGUUCGGGUCCUCUAGUUACAAAGUGUUACAUGAAAAGCUGGUGAGUGCUGGCAUCUGCCUGACCAUGGCCAUCAGGGUGAAUGCUGAUGAUGACCAGUCAGCAGAGGAUACCAUCAACAAGUUGCUGAGCACCAAGGUGACUGGUGUAAUCUACGUUGGGCCUGUCACAUACACCACGUCGCUCAUCAAUCACGGGAACAAGAUGCUUCCAGCCUCUGGUCGACUCCAGUGGAUCUAUCUUGAGUUCAACCAGGAUGCUGUCUAUGAACCUGUGACAACCUACCAAAGGGGCUCCCUCUUCAUCUCUGCUGCAUCAAGGUUUAUUGUGGAGUUUGAGGACCACUGGAUUAGAAUUAAUGAAAGUAACCCAUCCAAUGAAAACCCCUGGUUUACCAGAUGGUAUGAGGACAAUUACAACUGUAAAUUCAUUCCUUCUGGGACAGAAAAAAAUUGCAAUGCUGUGUAUGCUGGCAUGACAGAUAUUGAAAAGGAAAGUCUCAAGAGAAAAGUGUACCAGCAGGACCAGUAUGUAGAGGCGGCUGUAAUGUCUGUCUAUACAUAUGCCUAUGCCCUACGUAGGGCUCAGAUUGCCUUGUGUGGUGCAAAUAGCCCCGGCAUAUGUCCAGCUUUAAGGAACAUGACCAGGAAAGAUUUCUUUAAUAAUUACUUAAAGAAGGUCAAUUUUACAUUCACUGCUGAGGAGAGAGUGCCUAGUUUGGCCUCUAAUAAUGUCCUCCCGUACAAUGCUGCAAAACAUCUGAGUUUUGUCACUAGCGGGGAUGUCUCAGAUCCAUCCUACUACAUUUGGAAUUUCAACGACAUAGAGACUGGGUCUGGAGACUCGAGUUUCAAAUUCAGAAGAGUUGGUACUUAUAUUAAUGGUAGGCUGGAUUUCAAUCUGGACAAUGUUGGAAUGUACACCAAUGACAGAAGAACUCGUUUGCUUCCCUUGCCUUCAUCCAUUUGCCCAGCCAGUGGUUGCAGCCCUUGUCUGGGACUUCCUGCUGAGCUUAAGUAUUACUAUGAGCCUGGGGACAUAGUCAUCAAUGGGAUAUUUUCUCUCCACAACCAAGGCAGCACACCACUCACCUGUGGAGCUCUUAUGUCCACCAAUCAAAUCAUGUUUUUAGAAGCUAUGAUUUAUGCAGUUAAGAAAGCCAAUGAUGAUGCUAGCAUUCUAAGGUCAGUCAAACUUGGAGGUCUAGGCAUGGAUGACUGCAGCAAUGUAGACUUGAGUCAGACUAUAUUAGCACAGGUUCAGCGUGGAAAUCUUUUGAUCACUGACACCUCUGGUGCAACUUUAGAUCCUCGCACCAUUGAGGCCUACUCUGCUGCCUAUGACACCCCGCUUACCCUUCCCCUAGCUGAGGCAAUGAAUCUCCUGAUGAAACCCAUGGUGGGCUACAGGGCAGGUGGCUCUGAACUUGAUGACAAAUCAAAGUACCCCUAUUACAUCAAUGCUUACCCUGGCAAUGUUGAUGAGAUUAAGUCUCUCAUCUUAUUGUUGAAAAAUCAAAAAUGGAUGUAUGUGCAAGUUGUUGUUUCAGACUUGUAUUAUUCUCAAGACUCUCUAAAGCUGUUUAGAGAACUUGGUGCAAGAGCUGGCAUCUGCAUUGUGGCAACUCAUUAUGUGGGUACUACCCAGCAGAGGAUUAGUGAUGCACUGGCAGGAUUGCAGGCCAACAUUUUGACCACACCUGUCACUGUUGUCUUCCUUGAGCCAGAGGACAUCAGACGGCUGCUCUCAGGACUUAGGGAUAACUUGCCACUGAGGACAUCCCUGGUACUGAUCUCUGGGAGAAAAUGGGGAACAGAUCUGGAUGUUGUUAAAGGCUAUGAGAGUGUGGCUGAGGGAGUGAUCACCCUGAGUCUUUACUCCUCAACGCUUGAAAGUUUCCGUAACUACUUGAGUGGCUUGAAGGCAGACACAUAUGCGCUGAAUCCUUGGUUUAAAGAAUGGUUUUCAGCUGCUUACAACUGCUCCUUGACAGUGCAGGCUGGCGCCAGCACGUGUGACCUCUCUAAGUCUCUUGUCAAUGGAACCAACUUUCGUUUACUGUAUCAGGUGGAGAGUGUCAUCAAUGCAAUCACAGCCAUUGCCAGAGGAUUGCAUAACACACUUAGAAUUUACUGCGGUGAUUCCUAUACCACAGUCUGCCCAGAAUUCCUAAUUGCUCAGGACAAAGGCACAAAGUUUCUGGAAGAGAUUAAGAAAAUAACUUUUGCUAUUGAAGACAAGUUACCGCCAUCCAACAUUUUCAGUUUUGUGGGUGGAUCAGGUGCUGUACCAUUUGAGAUUUACAACUUCCGCAGUAAUAACUACUUAAAGGUUGGUGAUGUGAAUCCCUGGGCACAAACAUUGAUAUUAAACUCAAUCCAGUUGUAUGGUGGCGCUUCAACAUCCAGUGUGAUUUCCUCUUGUCAGGCCCCAUGCCUUCAGUGUCAGUACAUGUUCAACUACUUGACUUAUUGGUACAUUCCUGGAGACCUUGUCAUUGGGGCCAUUUUUGAUGUUCACUAUGCAGGCAAUGGGCCUUUCAGCUGUGGUGUCACCAGGCUGGUAAAUGGUGCUUUUUACACUGAGCUAUUUGACUUUGCACUGAGGAAAAUUAACAACGGCAGUACAUCUGUGGGCCUCAGGAAUGUCACACUUGGGGGCUUAGCAUUUGAUGGGUGCACCAACUCACCGAGGGCUACCACCAUUAUCAACCUUGUGCACACUGGCAUGGACAUUGAAGACAGUGCUGGAAAUCCUUUCUCCACCACCCAGCUGAUUUCAUGGAUGACAUAUGACAGCCAGACGACCAUUGAUGCAGCUAACCUUGUCCAGAAGCUCAACAUCCCAAUAGUGAGUCCAGGAGCCACCAGCAGUGUUCUAGACAACAAAAAGGAUUUCUACACUUUCUUCAGGACCAUACCCUCUGACACACUUGUUGUAAAAGGUAUGGCCGACUUUAUUAAGAAGAUGGGUUGGAAGUACGUUGUGGUGGUCAACAGCCCAGAUGCCUCAAGCCGCCAGUCUCGGGACCUCUUCCGCAAAUACUUGGAAGGUUAUGGAAUUUGUGUUGUUGAUUCCUAUGAGUUUGAGACUGAUGGCACUAUGUUUGUCAUUCUGGAUUCUAUUAUCCAAGGUGACACCAAGGUGGUGGCUGUGUUUGCUGAGCCUGACAAGUAUAUUGGUGACUUCCUGCAGGCCAAGCAGACUAUCUUCGCUCAGACCAACCUGAUGUUUGUAGCCAACAGGCCAUGGGACCCCGCUGUCACCAAAAUAUACAAUAGCCAAGUUCAGCAGACUGUAUUUUUUGAUUUAAACCAACCUACAAUCCAGGAUUUCAUUACAUUUGUCAAAGCCAAAGAUGUAUCCACUAAUGCCAACCCUUGGUUUAAAGAAAUUUUUCAAGAUUUAAGCCAGUGUAAUCUGGCUGGUUCAUAUAAAUAUCCAACUCCAUGUGCACAAAGUAAGAUAAAUCAAGAUUGGCAUCAGGAUAUAUGGACACUGUCUACUCUGAAUGCUGUCUAUGCCCUGGCCAAUGCUAUUCACAAAACUUUGCAGGCAAAGUGUGGCACCAACUACAAUGGUGUGUGUGCUAGAGUUCUGUACGACUCUGACGUGUACAAUGUGACCAUGAGCUACAUGGACUCAAGUAACUUUACAGAGGAAGUCACCAACUUGAUUUUUAAGUUUCUAGACAGGGAAGCUGACCGUCCUUACUAUUUAAUGAGAUAUGAUGGCAGCGGAGAUGCUGCAAAAAAUCAACCCCUAGGUCAAAUAUCCAAGAAUGCAGACCUCACUGUGUAUAGUGACACAGAGCUCAGCUCUAAUUAUGGAUCCGUUUUGUCCACCUGUUUGGGUGACUGCCUGGUGUGUAGCUCGGCUGCCUCCGGCAUACAAGAUAUGACCAUGACUACUGGUCAGUUCUAUAUCAUUGGCUUAUUUGAUAUUCACAAGCGAGGGUCUUCACCAUUUACGUGUGGGGCUAUCAAUGAUAAACAUGGACUACAGCUGCUAGAGGCUUUUCAUUUUGCUUUGGAAUAUGUCAAUAAUAAAACUGGUAUAUUUAGAGGCAAGCUGAAUGGGGCUCAGAUAGGUGGCAUUGGUCUUGACAUGUGUCAGUCCCCUGCCAGGGCCGCUGACCUGGUCUCCAACAUACACAGCGAACGUUUGAAGCUUAAAAAAGAUGGUAAAACUGUAAGUGUGAGAGAUAUUGAUGCUUAUGUUGCUACCAUGGAUACUGACUCAUCAACAAGAGUAGCAGAUAUCUUGACCCAGUUAGCAGUUCCACAGAUCAGUUAUGGUGCUACAGGAAUGGAUCUGCUAGAUAGAUACAAGUAUAACUACUUUCUCAGAUCUGUACCUGCUGAUGACAAACAAAGCCGAGCCAUCGUUUCCUACUUGAAAAAAUUUCGUUACAACAACAUCCAGGUCAUUACCUCCUUUGAUGAAAUUGGAGAGCCUGGAGAGAAAGAAUUUAAGCGUCUGUCCUACGUCAAUAAAAUCUGCAUCACCAAGGAGUACUUAGUGGGUGAGGGUGGCAAUGUGGCAGCAGACUCCCCAGGUGUGAUCAGCACAAUCAAAAGCAAGAAAGAUGCCCAGGUUGUAAUUCUAUGGAUGAAGAACCCACUGCCACUUUUAGAAGCAGCCAGUGCUGAUUCUGAAGUAAGUCGUACCUACCUGUUUAUAGCCACAGACAAAUGGGGAGCGGAUGUUGACUAUCUUAACAACCCCAAGCUGUACCAACUGCUGUUCUACAGGAACUUGGUCAUACUGGAUGUAGAGACUGCUGAUAUACCAGAUUAUGAUAAAUAUUUGGAGAAGAAAAACCCCAGCAACUACAAGUUCAACCCUUGGUUCCAAGAUUACUUUGAGAUGAUCCAGAACUGUUAUUGGGACUCGCCCAGCGGCACACGCCAGAGAAUGUGUGACCUCAGUUCAUCCAUACCCCGGGCCAGUAGCUACGUUCAAGACUCCUAUGUCCUCUAUGUCAUCAAUGCUGUGUUCUCUGUGGCACUUGGCAUCCACAAUGCCUUGGAGGCUGUGUGUGGUCAGAACUAUGCCUCAGUUUGUACCAAGUUUUAUUACAGUGGGGAGAGAAGGCAAAAAAUAAUGGAAGGUCUACUCAAGGUCAAUUUUACAGAUGACACCCAUCAGCCUUUCUUCUACACCAGCGACGGGCAGAGUGACAGAGGUUUUCACAUCUACAAUGUCACACAUACAAGUGUUGGCUUUGUCCCCAACCAGCAACCUCAAAACAUAAGAUAUCAAAAUGUUGGUUCAUACAAUGACACACAUUUCCUCAAACUGGACAUUACCUACACCAACAGUUUCAAGGCUCAGUGUGAUGCCUCAAGGACUGACCCCACUGUUGAUGAUUGUGUUUGCCCAUUCCCUGUUGCCAUGCCGUCCCGUUUCAUGAAGCAGACCAAUGGAAACAAAGGGCUGUCAGUGGCCUACAUAGGGGACAUACAUCUAACUGACCCAUCUAAGCCUCUGACCUGUGGCCGUAUCAGCACAGGCUUAGAGCUUUAUAAAUUGUUGGCUUUCUUUUAUGCCAUUGAUCGAGUUAAUCUGAAUGCUAAUGGUACACUAGUAGACUCAGUAAAACUGGAUGGCUUGGCGUUGGAUGGUUGUUCUCAGACAAUCCGUUUAGGUCAGGAUGUUUACAAUGUGCUGAGUGGCAACCAGUUGUGUGACUCAGAUGUUAAAGGAACAAUUCUUUCACCAUCAUCCAUUGUGGCCUUUGUCAUUGACCUUGACAGGAAUACAAUUCCUGUGGCCCGGAUGCUGUCAAAUGAAAAUAUCACUAGCAUUUCCCCCACUGCUGGCAGUGCUUUGCUGAGUGACCGCCUCCAGUUCCCAUAUUUCCUGAGAACCAGGGCAGACAACUUACUGUUUGCAAACAUUGUUUAUCAGCUGGCCAAAUCAGCAGGUUGGGAUUACCUAUCUGUCCUGUACACUGACUCACUGGCCUAUCAGACUGCAUCAGACUCACUGCUGGACAGCUCCCGAGCUGCUGGGGCCUGUGUAGCCAAUUCUGUUCCACUGUCAUCAAAUGCUUCAUUGGCUGAAGCUCAACAAGCUUUAAAGACUCUAAGCCAGAAUGUUGGAUCCAAAGCUGUUGUCCUGCUAGUAAGUCCUGACCACCUAAAGCUGUUGAUGGAGGCCAGUCAAUCACUUGGCCUUGCUGGUAGAUUUGUCUGGAUAGUUCCCUAUGACUGGACUUCUGACUCCAGCCUACUAACCAACUUGGAGCAAGAGAUGGCCGGGUCACUUAUCAUUGAGCCAAGGUCAGCCUUUGUUCAGGAUUUUAAGAACUACAUUAGUCAAGAGCUGAGUUGGAAGAACAGGAACCUGGGUAAAAUCCCAGUGGAUUGGUUCCAAGAGAUCUAUGAAACUAUUCACCAGUGUAACAUUUUGGACACUGAGAACCCUACCAAUGUGAUCUAUGCCAAGGUUUGUACUGGCAAUGAAGUCUGGGACAGCAUCAACAUUCCUCAAGACUCCACCAUUCUACAUGUCAUGAUCAGUGUGCUGUCCAUUGCCCAAGGUCUUAGUGACAUCUCUGCUUGCAAAGGCCUGAACUUGGGCAUUGCUGCCUGUCUUCAGCUCCGUCCCAACAAAAAUGAAGAAAUUUACAACAGCAUUUCCAAAGUCAACUUCAGAGUUUUGCCUGAGCUGCUGGGAGAUAAAUCCUUUUCAUUUAAUUUUGAUGGCUAUAAAGCUGGUUACGUCAUCAAGAACUAUCAAGUCAGUACAGCUGCACCAAACCCUUAUGUUGCUCAGCAGAUUGGAGAGUUCACAAACAAUGGAUUGACCCUUGACCUCUCCCAGUAUGCUGCUGGCAAUCUUUACAACAGAGGCCUGGUUCCAUCAUCCUCUUGUGCCCAAGGCACCCGGUGCACAUGUCAGCUUCCUGCUGCAAGCUCAUGGACAUAUGAGCCAAUAUCUUUGUCAGAUCCUUCCAGUGUAAAGGUGAACGGUAGAUAUACUGAUCCUCAAACUGGGCAGCAAGUGACAGUGAACAGCAUCCCAGGCAUUGCUGACCGUUUCCCACAAGCCUGGGCUGUUAUCCUAUCAGUCAUUGCCGCAGUGGGUGCUGCAGUCUCCCUGGCCAUCUUCCUUUACCUCCUCAUCAUGUACCCAGUCCGUGGCGGCACUUCCAUCCUUGGCUACAUCCUCUCCUUUGGCAUCAUCCUUCUGUACCUCAUGGUCUUCCCAUUCAUUGCCCAUGCUGACGAGCGCAUUUGUGGCCUGAGGAGAUUUGCUUUGGGCUUGGUGUAUGCGAUUGUAUAUUCUGCUUUGAUGGUGAAGCUGAUUGACUGCUUCCGUGUUCGUGCCAAACAUGAUGUGUACAAUGUCAAAUACAGCAAGAUGGGUCGCCCAGUUGGUCUAUUUUUAGUGACACUGUUUUUUGUGAUUGUGCAGGUUAUUAUCAACACAGAAUGGCUGAUAUUGGAGCCUCCAAAUGUGGAACGUAUAUUCUAUAACAGCAUGUACUGGCCUCGCUGCUCACCAGAUGACUUUUAUGAUGAAGGAUUAGUUCUUUCCUUAGUCUACAUUAUGGCUAUUAUAUUUUUCUCACUCAUUGUGGGACUCUUCACCUAUUCAUCCAACAAAAAUCAUCGAGAGGCUCGUUGGAUCCUUGGUAUACUUAUUCUCAGCAUUCCCUGCUGGGUCAUUUGGUGUGCUGUGUCUAUUCUUGGUGCUAUCAAGGUCAGGGAUGCUGCGGUUGCUAUAGGCCUGAUUGUUAAUGCAACAGUCAUGCUGGCACUGGUGCCUAUACGUAAGCUGUACCUCUUGCACUCCUACAACAAAAUGUUGGAGGAGGAAGAAGAAGCUGAAGAGGCUAAGAGUCAGUUGUAUGCUGGCAGUCAGAAAGGAUCAAAUAUGUAUGACAACAAACCAAGGUUACAUGAUGAAAGCUCUGUUAGAGGUUCUCAAUUAUACAGUACAGCUGGUCACUGAAAAGCAAACGUGGAAUACACUGUGUAUUAAUCCUGUCAACAUUUUUAGUGAUAGAUUUUUUAGUGUAUUGCCUUUGUAAUAUAAAUUAUUGUAAAAUUCAUUAAGUUGAAAUUAUUGUAUAACUAUUCCAACUCCUGUCACCAUCCUCAACAAAUAACUAGCUGAAAUUUCUAUUUCAGUUCAUGGAGAACUAAUUUAAUUGUCCUACAGCAAGUUGUCAUCCAUGUUCAUUACAUAGGACAAAAGUAUAGAUUCUAGUUUGGUACAAAUCUUUUAGUAGAACUUUACUACAGCCAAAUUAGUAAUUGAGCAUUAUAUUCCGCCCAAAUAUUUGAAACAUUGUCAUUUGGGUGUCUUUUAUUUUUUGAGUUAACAUCUAAUUAGGUCUCAUCGAACUAGAUCUAGAAUCAAACUACCCUACAUUUUUUUUCAAAAUAUUUCGGAAAAGUUUUGUUUUUCAAAUUGUUUGGGGAGAUUUACGAGAGAAACAAAAAAAAAAGAUAAUUUGUUAGCGGUAUGUUUGAUGAUGAAUUGAUGUGAGAAUUGAUCUCUUCUUAUCACAGUGCCUUAAUCUUGUGAUACGUGUUCUUAAUAUGACUGUUUGAGCUUUAUUGUUGUAUGACUGUGAGAAUGAAAGGUUUGUAAUUAUUUUCACUUUCAUUAUAUGUUAUAUAUAUAUAUAUAUAUACAUAUCACUAUUUAUGCAACCCUAUUUUGUGUUUUUUUUAUGCUCAAACUUAAAACAAACUAAAAAUCUUCACUGAAAGACAAUAAUAAAUCCACAUUUAAAAACCCUGAAAAAAUACACUAAUCAUUUUAAGUUAUAAUGUGUUGUAUGUGUGAUUUAUUAUUCAUAAAGUUUCGUUCUUUUGAAUUGUAUUAUAAAAAAAUACAUAGAUUUACUGGUACUCAUAUAUUUAUGAAAUAGCUGAACAGCUUCAAACCCCUAAAUAGCUUUAAAUGUACGAACUGACCUAUAUUAUUUUUUUUUUAUUUCUGGGUCAAUCAUUUAGCACACAUUUCAUGUAAAAAAAACUGUUGUCAUAACAAAGCAGUCUGUUAAAUCCAAGUUAUUCAUUUCAUGUGUUGCAUCAUUAGUGAAUUCAAUUUUACAUUAUACAUCAUGUACUGUAUCUGGAAGAACUUGUGUCCACAUUGCAGACUAUUUAUAUAUCUCAGCAAAUGAUUCUAUUAAAAAGUGGGUAUCUAAAUGUUCUUCAUUUGUAUGAAUGUAUAAAGUGGUUUUACUGCUCUUUCUGAUUAAGUGGUUCCCAAGCUGGUUUGCAAAGGCAUCAGAGUCUAUUGUUUGCUGGUCUUGAACAUUGAUGUUUCAUUCAUAGAAAAAUGUCUUUAAACCUAAACCUGUUUAAGGUUGUUGUUUCUCAUUUCCUUUGUCUCAUGUUUUCCAUCAGUUUUAAAUAAACACAUGUUCUUGAGAA